AAGUGCUGCAGAGUUUCACAAAACGCGGUCGAUCGUGUGGUUGAAUUAGGGAGUCAUUUUGUAAUCAGCUGGAUAAAACCAGUAAGCUCCACUAUUAUGGUCGGUGCAGCCUGGAAGCAAGACAACCGCGGCAAAGGAAUAUAUGUUGACCACGAAGCCACUGCAGGUGAAGAAGAAGAAAGAGAAUGUUAUGUGGAAGAUAAGAGUCAAGGCAACUGGGCAGAACUUCCUGAUUUGGUCAUUGAAAGGAUCUUUUCCUAUUUGAAUAAUGAAAAACGUUAUUAUGGUUCCUUGGUUUGCAGAAGGUGGUAUCAGGCUUUUCACCUGCCAUAUGUGUGGUCUACAUUUGUUCUGGAAGAUCGUGUCUUAUCCAGGAGGCGUUUCAACUACCAUUUGGGCUGGCAAUAUACUCUAGAUCACUAUAGAGCUCAAAUCUUCUUGUACAAAACAGCCAAAAAUAUCCGUACCCUUGUUUUUGCCCCAAUGUUUAACUUUUUCAAUCUCUUUGAGGUCAUGAACAUGCUUUCCCAUUUUAGUGAACGUUACCCCGGCUCUCUUGACAACGUCCACACGCUCAAGUUUACUUUCAACUGUGACAUGGCAAUGCGAACAGAAAAUGCCAUUUACGGCACUGGCGGCCAACUGUUACAAGCGCUCAAAAAACUCAUGUCUUACCUACCUGGCCUCACCAGCUUGGAAUUGACCAACUUGCUUUUGGACAGUUCCGAAGCGCUCUAUCUCUUGGAUGACGUUUGCUACACUAGAUGCCUAAAUUUGCAUUCACUCACCCUAAUCAAUUGCACCAAAGUACCUUGUCGGCUUCUCCAUCCUGGCGCCUUCCUCCGGUUGCAUUCGCUCCGUAUCAGCCCCCAAACACUAAGCCCUGAUUUGCUUUGGCUCAUUGGCUGUACAAGAUUGCAACACCUUCAUGUCAUUCAAAACGCGUAUACUGAAUCAUGUUACAGUAUUGACUCUAAAGCCUGGGCCGAACUGAACUAUAAAAAUCCAGCGCUAAGAGUACAUCUGAAAUCAACCGGAAAGACUAAACGAGAAAUCGUAUGGCAGGAACGCGCUCCAGUUUCAUCCGUUUUAUACAAUUCCCGUUAUUCCAAAGUAACUAUGCCAAGUAUUCUAACUGUCGUCGACCUUUACCGCAAUCGCCUGAAAGUCUACGGCCAUUUAGGACUUCCCCGUUUUCAUACAUCGAAUAGCUUCCAGCAUCGGAUUGACAUGGCUUUGAUCACUCUCGUUCGGGAAUGUCCCAAUCUACACACACUGGUCAUUCGCGAGAGAAUUUCGACAGCGACGCUGAUCCUGCUGGUCAGUUCGGCCAAUUGCAACAGUUUGCGGAGGCUAUACGUUCGCCGUAACGCAUUGCUGCUACGUGCUGACUGGCCACGUAGCCUCGAAUGGACCGAGGACUACUUUAACUGGCUGAAGAGCACAUCCAGGAGCUACGAAGCGACACAGGUAGAAGUAUCUAAUCAACUCAGACAGCCUAAUUGGCAAGCACUGAACGACCAACAGUUCAAAAUUUUGAAGGUUAAUGUCGAGAUAGAUUCUUGCUAACUCCUCUUGCUCGUUGGGUUUUCCCCCAUUUUAGAAACCUAUACCCUAUUGCGUUACCUUUACCCUUUUCCCGUAUGCAAAAAAGAAAAAGACAAAGAAAAAAACAGCCGCAAUCUGCCCAUGUAAUAAAGAUAUCAAUACAUCAUAUCUCCGUA